UCAAUCACCCACCGUCGUCUGGGGUUCGCCUGGCUCUCGUUGCUAGCAUGCUAAUGUGCAAAGCAAACUCUUAAGUCAACUUUGCCUUGUGCGGCAGUAUGGAAACGAACGCGAGCAGGUAGUGGACAGAAUCAGUCAGAAAGUUGAGUUAACGUUAGUCAAAAAUCAAGUGGACGUGUCCUACGAAAACUAACGUUACGCCAACAAAUGUCCCGGCAUAUUUGCCUGCUCGAUGAGUGCAAGAAGUUCCUAGUUUCCAUGGAAUACCGCUUGUUGUGUGAGUGAGUGAUUUAAUACUUCCGAAGCCAGCUUGAAAAAGCAUUCGAGGACAAUGAAUCUGUCUUUUGACGACCCGUCACUGGAAACCUUGGACUCCAGUAUGUCUUUACAUGAUCCGAGUGAUAUCGACUCGGCUCUGCUCAGCGACAUUGAUGAUAUGCUCCAGCUUAUCAACAACCAGGACAUGGAGUUUGUGGGUCUGUUCGAUCACACUUCAUUUCCUGGUCCCGCAGCCCCCCCUCUGUCCAGCCCUUCCUCUCCUCCACCCGCCUCCUCUACGCCCAGCAGCUCCUCCAUCCUCAGCAGCAGCCCGCACCUGGACGCCCUGCUGGGCCCCCCCAUCAGCCGCAGCUCCUCCGUCCCGGACAAGGCGUUCCUCCCUCCCACUUUCCAGCAGUCUCCUCUGGCACAGGUGAACUCCACCCCUGCCAAUCCCGGGACACUGCAGACCACGCAGCCCAAAGCCCAGCCCGCUCCAUCUCCCAGCCUCCAGCCGCCCCCCACGGCCGGGAAGAGCCCGGUGUUCGGCCUCACCCAGCAGGUCCUCUUCAGCUCCCCGCAGCAGCAGCCGUCUGUGGUCACCUUCCCCAUCCAGAACACCUAUACUGCUGUCACUCAGCAGAACUCUCCUCAGCCAAUCCCGAAUCUCCCCGCCUCCCCACAGAACGUUCAACCAAUGGGCAUCCAAGCACAGAUGCAGAGCCUCUCGACUUCACCAAUCCUGACCACCGCCUCCAGCCCACCCACUCAGACAAUCUCCCCUCAGGUUCAGCAGGUUCCUGUUUUGCUGCAGCCGCAGUUCAUUAAGGCGGACUCUCUCUUGCUCACAACUCUGAAGCCUGAUGUGACAAUGGUAACAACAGUGGCUUCACCCUGCAUCACAACUCUGGCUACAUCCACUGCGUCAGUCCAGAACACCUCACUGCAGGCGCUGAUGAGCGGAGGCACCAUCCUGACCACCCUUCCUCUGAUGGUGGACACCGAGAAAAUGCCCAUCAAUCGCAUCGCCGUCAGCGGGAAACCGGGCGGCCUGCCACAUAAGGGCGAGAAACGCACCGCCCACAACGCCAUUGAAAAACGCUACCGCUCCUCAAUCAACGACAAGAUUAUUGAGCUCAAAGAGCUGGUGGCUGGGACGGAAGCUAAGCAGCUCAAUAAGUCUGCAGUGUUGAGAAAAGCCAUCGACCACAUCCGCUACCUUCAGCAGUCCAACCAAAAACUAAAGCAGGAGAACAUGGCACUCAAAAUGUCCAUCCAGAAGAACAAGUCUCUAAAGGACCUUGUGACCAUGGAGGUGGACGUGAAACCAGAAAUUCCCACCCCUCCUGCAUCAGAUGUCGGCUCGCCUCGAUCCAGCGGCACCUUCUCGCACCACGGCAGCGACUCCGAGCCGGACAGCCCAAUGGUAGAAGACAGCAAGCCUGUGGUGGAGAAGGCUGGAGGAAUGCUGGAUCGCUCUCGUAUGGCUCUGUGCGCCUUCACCAUGCUCUUCCUGUCCUUCAACCCGUUGGCAUCUCUGCUGUGUGGCGGCUGGAGUAGCUCUGGAGAGUCUGUCUCGGGACACACGGGAAGGAGUAUGCUAGCAAUGGAGGAAGCAGCCAAUUCUUGGGGCUGGAUGGAUUGGAUGUUGCCCACUCUUCUGGUGUGGCUGCUAAACGGUGUUCUGGUCGCUGGAGUUUUGAUCCGACUGUUCGUCUAUGGGGAACCUGUCACCAGACCUCACUCGGAAUCGUCCGUCCUCUUCUGGAGACACCGCAAGCAGGCCGAUCUGGAUCUAGCCAGGGGAGACUUUGCUCAGGCCUCUCAGAACCUCUGGACGUGUCUCAAAGCUCUUGGUCGACCUCUGCCCACGUCUCAACUGGACCUGACCUGUGCUGUUCUGUGGUCCGCCUUGCGUCUGUGUCUGCAGAGAUUGUGGGUGGGCCGCUGGCUAGCCAGCCGCGCCGGAGCCCUUCGCUCCAACCGCCCCCUUCAGGAAGACGCACGCAAGAGCUGCCGUGAUGCCGCCUUGGUCUACCACCGUCUACACCAACUCCACAUGACCGGUAAGCUCGGAGGAAGCCACCUCUCUGCCAUCCACAUGGCCCUGAGCGCGCUCAACCUGGCCGAGUGUGCCGGAGACUGUCUACCUGUGGCCACACUGGCAGAAAUCUGUGUGUCUGCAGCCCUACGGAUUAAAACCAGUCUCCCCCGCUUGGUUCACUUCACUACUCGAGUGUUCUUAAGCAGCGCUCGCCAGGCCUGUCUCUCGCCCAGUGGCAGCGUCCCUCCUGCCAUGCAGUGGCUGUGUCACCCUCUGGGUCACCGUUUCUUUGUGGACGAGGACUGGUCCAUACGCAGCACCCCUAAGGAGAGCAUCUACAGCCAGGCGGGAAACUCAGUCGACCCGCUGGCUCAGGUGACCCAGGCGUUCCGGGAGCAUCUGUUGGAGAAGGCCCUCUACUGUGUGGCACAGCCUCAAGGCGACAAGACCCUCACUGAUGGGGACGGGGAAUACUCGGACGCUCUGGAAUACCUGCAGUUACUCACCAGCGCCUCAGACGCAGCAGGAGCCACAACACAGUCCUUCGCCAUCGGGUCAAACAUGGCCACCGUCACAGGCUGUGACCCUCACUCCAAAUGGUGGUCGUCGGUGGCGGUGGUGGUCAUCAACUGGCUCCAGGGCGAUGACGCGGCGGCAGAGAGGUUGUACCCCGCGGUGGAACACUUGCCCAUCAGCCUUCAGUCCGCUGAGAGUCCGCUGCCCAAAGCCUGCCUUAACACUUUUAAAGCGGUGCGCUCCCUGCUGGUCAAACCUGGCAGUUACCAGCUCAGCCUCAGCUACUGCGAGAAAGCCAGCGUCCUGUUCAGAGACAGCCUCAACCUCGGCCCACACUGCACCAGCAACACUCUAGACAAGCUGGUGCAGUUGCUGCUGUGUGAUCUGCUGUUGGUGACGCGCACCAGUGUGUGGCGGGAGCAGCAGGUGGUGUCCCAGCAGAGCUGUCCGACGGCCGCCUCGCCCGUAGAGCUGCAGGGCUUCCAGCAGGACCUCAGCUCCCUCCGCAAGCUCGCUCAGAGCUUCAGACCGGCCAUGCGCAGGUUGUUCCUGCAUGAAGCCACAGCUCGGCUGAUGGCGGGCGCCAGUCCAACACGCACACACCAGCUCUUGGACCGCAGUCUGCGCCGCCGCACGCCUGGAAGCAGAACAGAGGAGUGCGAGACUCAUCCAGGCCAGCGUGAGCAGGCAGAGGCCGUGAUGCUGGCGUGCCGUUACCUCCCCCCCUCCUUCCUGUCCGCCCCGGGCCAGAGGGUGGGCAUGCUGGCCGACGCCGCCCGCACGCUGGAGAAACUGGGCGACAAGCGCACGCUCCACGACUGCCAACAGAUGAUCAUCAAACUCGGCAGCGGGACGACCGUCACGUCCACCUAGCCGACUGCACACCAACACACAAGAGCACUUUUACCAACACACCCCAACAUCUCCGUCGAGAAUCGACACACUCUUCACUUCAGGCCUCAGUCAUCGGCUCGUCUCCCCAACAGUUCACGACUGCAUAUCCAAUAACAAGAUGCGCGGCGGGACCAUACGUUUUUGAUAUGAAAUUAGUUAUUUAACUUAUUUAUACGCCCUACACAAAGACUGAACGGUCCUUUGUGUAACGAUGCACUGCGAGUGCUGACCGAUGGUGUUUCUGGACGCCGGUGCUCCAAUUGGACAUGUAAUGUAGAGCUUUGCUUUACCGUUAGCACCUUUUGAGAGAAACGAACAUUACCGUAGACGGGGGGAAAAGUGCUUCUCUCAACCAUGAGUUGAAUAAAGUAGUUCCUACUUUACCUGUGAUCGUCUGGGAUGAAUUUGCAUAUUGAUUAGACAAAAAUUAAGGCUUUAUAAAAGUUGUUUCUUUGUACAUAUUUUAACGGAGUGUAUUUAUGAUGGCCUGACGCUGUAGGUGAGUAUUUGAAGAGCGGCGCUGCUGAAACCGAACCGAUUUGAAGUAGUCGGCGGAAGAAGACGGUAGCCACAGUAUGUUCACACGGUCACCUACACACACAGAGCCCAUUGAAUCCACUGUUUAAUUUGUUAAGUCUUCCAUUGGAGUCGGCAUAUCCAAAUAAUUCGCAUGUCGUCGAAGAAGUGAUCGUCUUUAUCCAAAGAUACGAUUUGAUACCUGCAGCUCUUGUUAGGGGGAGAACCAUAUUUCUAUUUCAUUUCUAGCCACAGUUUAUGUACAAACUCUGAUUACUAGACACGUUUUAUAUCCGCAGUAACCGUGAGAUUUGCAAUUGACAUUCAUUACUCUUACGCUAACUUUUCUGUAGUGCUUGUGAUCAAUUCUCAAAGAUGAAACGUGUUUCAACUUGCAGAUAUAGUACAUUCUAUAUUGUCUUCUAUUUGAUUUAUUCUUAAGAUUGUAAAUAAAAGUCUUUUGUAAUGAAA